GAGUGUUGAGGGAGUGAGAGAAGAUUACUGUCGCUUAAGCCUCAUGCCUCUCACCCGUUCGCAUCUCACCUGCUCUGGGACUUUAUCAAACGCACCUUUUGAUUUCGUACAGGCAGAGCUCCGUGCUCCUCGCGCCGCCUAAACGCCAGGUGAUAUGGAUUAACUGACUUCCUCACUGUCUGAGGAAAGGUUCGGCUUUUUUUUUUUUUGCAGCGCUUUUCGAAGUUGUUCUACAUCCAGGACUGUCGGGACGGCCCGCCCAACGCUCAGGAGGGGAUUAGAAAGGAGCUACCCGCUACUCAGUAAGGAGAUGAAGGCGAGUCACCCUGGUCCUCUUCAGCAGAGCGAUGGACAGACAGAGAGCAGAGCGGGACUGUAACUGGCGCCUUCAUGGAGCCCUGAUACACAGGGCAGAGAGCAGGUAAAUGGAGGCGCAGGACAGGAGCCGCUCCCCAUCCCGUAGGACCAGCCGGGUGGAGCAGGUGGUGGGACGAUGGCUGAGACGGUCCCGAGACUUAGGCAGCAGGUCUCACUCUCUGAGCAGAGACCGGGUUGCAUUGGACGGGAAGACAGCAGAGUCCAGUGGCUCUGAUCAGAGGAAUUACCCCUUCCGCUUUAAUGUUCAGAUUCAACGGGACGAGACGCUUAACUCCCAUGGCCUCACUCUCUCCUCCCAAACCCCCAUUGUGGUACAAGAGGUCACCCCAGGUGGUCCUGCAGAUGGCCGGCUCGUCCCUGGCGACCAGCUUGUGAAGAUCAAUAACGUUGCUGUUGAUGACCUGACCCCGGAGCAAGCUGCUGAAAUAAUCAGGGAGUGUCAAGAUACGUUGACAAUGACGGUCCUCAGAACAAUGCUGGGCCCUAAGUCAUCGUUCAUCACACCGGAGAAGAGGGCCAAGCUCAGGUCCAACCCUGUCAAAGUUCACUUUGCUGAGGAGGUGGAAGUCAAUGGACACUCUCAGGGUAACUCGCUGCUCUUCCUGCCUAACGUUCUGAAGGUUUAUCUGGAGAACGGGCAGACCAAGGCCUUCAAAUUUGAACCCAGCACCACAGUCAAGGACAUUGUGAUGACACUGAAGGAAAAGCUUUCUCUGAGCCGUAUCGAACACUUCUCCCUGGUGCUGGAGCAGCAGCACAGCAUCAGCAAACUACUGCUGCUACACGAUGAGGAGGGGAUACAGCAGGUGGUCCAGAAGAAAGAGGCCCAUGACUACAGGUGUCUGUUCCGUGUUUGUUUCAUGCCCAGAAGCCUCCAGACUCUGCUGCAGGAGGAUCCCGCAGCCUUUGAAUACCUCUACCUGCAGGGGGUGAAUGAUGUGCUGCAGGAGCGAUUUGCAAUAGAGAUGAGGUGUAACACUGCCCUGCGACUCGCUGCCCUGCACAUUCAGGAGAGGCUCUCGAGCUGUGGACAGUCACCAAAGACCAACCUGAAGAUCAUCACGAAGACGUGGGGCAUAGAGAACUUUGUGUCAUCCACAUUGUUGAGGAACAUGCGAGAGAAAGAUCUGAGGAAGGCCAUCGGCUACCACAUGAAGAAGAGCCAACUGCAGCACGAUCCUAAACAGAAGGGCCUGUCAGUGGAUCAGACGAGGAUAAACUACCUGGAGGAGCUGGCUGAUCUCAGGUCGUUUGGAGGCAAAUCCUUCAGUGCCACCAUGAUGCUCCAGGACAGGGAGUCGAUGGUGACCCUGCUGGUGGGGGCACGGUAUGGCGUGAGCCAGGUGGUCAACCACAAGCUCAGCAUCCUGUCCACCCUUACAGAGUUCACCAGCAUCACACGCAUCGAGCUGCUGCCUGAAUCAGAGAAGGUCAGCCUGGUCAAAAUAUACCUGCAGGACAUUAAGCCCAUCACAUUACUGUUGGAGUCAGUGGCAGCCAAAGAUAUGUCCUGCCUAAUAGCAGGGUACUGUCGAGUUUUUGUUGACCCCAACCUCAACAUAUUUCCCUGGAUAGAUGAGUCCAAGAAGCACAGAGUGUCUGCUGAGGAAGGUUAUGUGUCCCGAUGUGGCAGCGACUCAAAUGACUCCUCAGACCUGGACAUGGAACCACUAGUGACCCUGGUGUCUGUCAACGAAAAGCCCUGCCCUCGUGUCAGAUCCUCAUCAGAUCCGGAUGGAAGAAAAAGAAAAGACAGAAGGAGAAACAAAGAUGGCAAAGAAAAGGGAGAUAAAUCUUGGGAAGAUAAAAAACAAAAGGAAGAGAAAGAUGCUGACACUGAAAAGGGAAAGAAUAGAGAGGGUAUGACUGAAGACACCGGGCACAAGGAGGAGACAAAGAGGGCGCCAGAUGGUGGACAAAUACAGAUCGAGGUAACGAACAAUGACUCAAGGGAACGACAGGAGAAAGUGGGAGAGGAAUGUGGAGGUGGAGGGGAGGCAAAGGCAGCAGAGGAGCAGCCAUCUGCAUCAGAAACAUCAGAUUCUUGUCACACUGACUCUCGUGUCCUCACCAGCCCGUCCAGUGACUCCCUCGAUGCUUUGGAGGAAGAUGAUUUACUGUCGUGUUCCUCCUCCUCCGGCCACCCCAACGCUCCCUCGCAAAUUCAUCCCCAUGUCCACUCUCACCUUCAGCUUAAUCCUUAUUCUCAUAGGCAGGUUCAGUCUCACCUCCUCGCCCCUCCACCAACUCACUCCCACCCCCUCAAACACUUCACAACUCACGACAGUGGGGGAGGAGGCUGCAGGAGAUCAGGCGAUGGAGCCGAUCCUCAACUCAUCGUACCUGUCUCCACCUCUCAGAGCCUUCACCACACCCUAAAAUGUUCAACUUACCCCGAAUCUGAUGACAGCUCUCUGUGCUUCGCUGAGCUCUCUCGCUUCGUGGACUUCCUGCCGAGCCCCCCGGAGGCCAGUGAGGAUGAUGAAGAUGAAGAAGAGGAGUUAAGUAGGAGGAGGAGAUUGUUCAAAGAAAUGGACCAGUCGGUGAGAAGAGCAGGUGAAGGAGGAAGCGUAAGCGGGGAGGGUAGUUUUCAAGAAUUUCCACUACCCCUCUCCCCAUCCUCCCCCUCCUCCCACAUGGAGUUUGUGUUUAACUUUGACCAGAGGGACGCUCGCUGCUACUACAAACUCUGCUCCAACAUCACCCCCGACAGCGCUCGCAGCCUUCCCCGCCCCCUGCUCCAUAGGGAGGGAGAAGACUGGGAGGAAGUGAGGGGAGGUGGGGGUAAGGCUGAAGACCUGGAGCCGAUCCCCAUCCUCCACCCACCUCCUGGCUUUGGAGACAGCAGCUCCGACGAGGAGUUUUUUGAUGCCAGAGAUCGCUUUACCUCACCUGAAGACCCAACCUCAGGCGCCGUGCCAAGAGAUAUCUGCAGAGAGAUGAAGCUGGACUUUCUCAGCCUCAGUGACAUCAGAGUCUCUGUUACUGAUGGAGACAAAGCUGGAAAAGCAGAAGACAAAGAAGGAGACGACGAGGAAGGAGGAGGCAGAGAAACGUUGUUCCAGCUCAGGAAAAGAUCUCGCAAGCGUCGUUCCUUCAUGGAAACUGAUUAUACUUCUAUGGUGUCAUAUCCAGAACCAGAUCCAGAAAGAUCCACAAAGCAGGACCUGGGAUCCAAUAAGCUUCAUAAAAAGCUUUUGGCAGAAGCCAAUGAUGCUCAGAUGCUGAGUUCAGAUCCUGAACCUUCAGCGCAAACCCAGAAUCCCAGCCCUACUGUCUCCUCCCUGACUCACUCUGAAGGGGAACCAGCUCAGCUCGAGUCAAAACCCAUCCUGUCAAAAGCCUGUUCUCAUGGACCGGGCUCUUCUUCUGGUGUUGGGUCUCAUGAGCAGACUAAAGACCCCCAGCCCUCUUCCAGGACCAGGAAGCAAGAAAUGGAAAUGGAACCUGACACGAUGGAGUUCAAAUCAGUCACAGAUCUGGUGAAGGCUGCAUCUCCUACCAUCACCGUUGUCCGCUGCCGGGUGGAUCCGGACGGGAAGGAGAGUGCUGACCGGAGGGGUGAUGGAAAGGAGGAAGGGGAGGGACAGGAGGAUAUAGAUGAGGGGACAGAGGAGGAAGAGAAGGAGGAGACAGCAGGUGUGUCAGGGAAUGGGCCAUUCACUAGUCAUAUGUUUUUUCCACAGAUGGCUGAGGAGGACGGCAAAGGGGAAGAUGCAGGAGAAGAGAGGAUAGAAGGACUGAGAGGGAACGGUUCACAGAGACCACUCAUAGGUGCUGAGGGUCAGUCAGAAGCCAACACACUGCCGCCAUGCUUGAUAGAUCUGAAUAAAAAAGGUAGUAACGGAUUUUUGGGAUCUCAUCUAAUUGCCCAAGAGCUGAACUCAUAUGAAGAGGAACAUAUGCUUGAAGGUGUGCAUGACGAGUCAAGCCCACUGUCAUACUCACCACCACCCCCUCCACCCUCAUCCCCUCUACCUCCAGUACCAGUUUCUCACAUAUCCCAAAGUGACUGUUUGGUGAGGGAAGAAGAGGGAAGCACAAACAUGGAAACCUCGACCACAAUGUCUUUAUCUCCUUCUGAGGAGAUGUCACUUAGCAAACAAAAUCACACAAACAAAGCACAAUUACAUUUAGAAGUCACGACCAGUGCUAAUGAAGAUGAAGCCGUUGGCAUUGUCAGUUCUACCAUGAGUAACAGCGAUGACAGCACCAAUUCUGACAAUGUUUUCGAUGAUGACGAGGUGAGUAAUCCUAGUUCAAGUGACAAGAAAGACGACUGGAAUUUGGCAACAACGCAGAGCAUCAGAUCUAAUUCAGCCACAGCAGGUGAGUCACUAAUGAGCAUUAAGUCUCUAACCAGCACCGAAGCUCAUCCAAAAAUUCAUUCAGUUAACUCUGAGUAUACUCGUGCUAUAAACUCUAUCACGGCAAAGCUUGGAGCUGCGACUAGCAUCACAUCUCCAACCUUUAAUUCAGGUACUAAAUUGAAAAGUGAAGAGACGCAUGAAAACGCUUCGUGCUCAAAUCAAAAUAUAGAUAAACCUAGAAGUGUUUCCACCAUGCCAAGUGUUGAAGCUAAAGAAAGUUUAGCUAAUUCUGGCUCAGUGAAGGCUAACACAGCCAUGAGCCAUGAUCUCUCCAAAGAGCCUCCUUCUCCAACUCACUUCCUCUUCCAGUCGUGUUCCCCGGGCAUCAUGGGCCGAUUAUCUGCCUCAACACUUAGGGGGAAGAUUCAACAGUUGCCCCUUUAUUUAUCGCGCUCCCACGAAACCCUCCACCAAGCUGGGACGGGGAGCAUAGCCCAGAGUCCUGUUGCGGACAACAGCAGCAACAAUGUUGAGAUUACCAUCAAAGUCACAGAUGUUGAUGAUGUCACACAAACUAUAGAUUUUGAAACGGGCACAACCGCAGAAAUAGUGGAUUCAGACGAUUCAGAUACAACAGUCACAGGCUCAGAGGUGGAUGGGGAGCAUUUUGUGGAAAUGGCCUCAGCAAAGAGUUUUGAUUCAGGUUUAGAGGUGAGGGAAGUAAACUCCCCACUUCCUGUCCAGACUGAGCCUAAACCCCAACAUCGAAAUCAGCAUCUGUACUCUGGACCUGUCCAGAACACACCGGGACCAAUAACAGAGCCUCCAGCACCCAUAGUGAACAGCAUCCAAAGUGAUACUUCAGGCCUGAAUAUAGACACUCCCGGCCCCAUAACAGAUGCUCCAGAACCAAACAUGGUCACGACCACAGCUGAAGACACUCCAGGUUACAAAUUGACCAAUCAAUCACCUCCCAUUCGGACUCCGAUAGUGGUGACCACGCAGAAUCUAAAUAGGCCAGGACUUCCUUUUCAUAAUCAGUCACAGACAGUAAGACGGACCAGUAGCGACAGGCCUUUGAUGGGUCUUUGUCGACCUUCAGAGCAGAAGUCAGACUCACCAAAAACCCCUUCCUCGGGCUGCAGAGUGUUUACAAUCUGUGAGGAUCCAUCUCAAACAAAGACUGCAGCCGAGGCGGGGACUACCCCGCCCUUGAAGCCUGAGUUCAGCUGUAGCUCUGUGCUAGCGUCUGGAUGCGAGUCAGUUGUGGAGGGGGUGCAGGUACCACUGGAUGCCUGUGGUUGCCCGGCGGUCUAUACCAACUGCUUCAGCGGCGGGGACAGCUUUGACGACGAGCUGACAGUCUACGAGUUCUCGUGCCGCACACAGAGCAGCGGUGUGACCCAGACUUCAGGAGCGGUUCUUCCUCUCAUGACCUCCCCACCUGUCCCCUCCUUUCUCUCCACCUCCUCCAUCCACUCUCCCUCCUUUCCACGCUCCAUCCUCUUCUCCUCCUCUACCUCUGAGCUCAGCCCUCUGCUCUCACCGCUGUCAGACGCCUCUGACUGUUUCCUGUCUCAAACGCACAAGGACACCAUCAGUCGGUUAGGUCAGCAGCGCUACCCAGAACCCCCGACAGGUUUCCAAGUACUCCGCGUAGACGUGGACCAGCUCCUCUCAAUUCUAGAGAGUAGCGGUAGUGACCGAUCUGCGGUAGGUCACGGAGGUCGCCACCCAAGGGACACCUGUCCGGCUCAUUUUACAGAGAACAAGCGGGUGCUCCAGAUAGAGGCCCGGCGGCUGAUGUCAGGCUGUCAGAAGGUGGUGGGGAUUGGACAGAGCCCAGAGGAAAUGCUUCACUCCCUGGCAGUCAGCUUCCGGACCCUGGUGGAGCUGGCCGGCAUAUGCCUCUGGUUCUCUGGUUGCGACAGGUGUGACCGGAGGAACGCAGAGGCGGUUGCAGGUCUGGCAGAUGUGGCCCGCUCCUUCAGGGACUUCUGUCUGGCAGCGGAGCGAGCCAGCAGCAAGCGCAGCUGCCAGGACCUGAGCAUCAAGCUGCUCGCCAAACAGUGCACUGCGCUCACCGCCUCCGUCUUCUGCCUCACCCAGCUGUUUCGCACCCUCACUGCACUAUGAGUGGCCUGCAGCCUCUGAAGACUUUGAGAUGACCUUCAAGCAGCCUGUGGUGUGUAACCUCAGAUAUACGGGGUCACUGGUGAGCCCACAGUGAGCCACGGGGCAGUGUGACCUGGGGCAGUCACUGUGUUUAGGAUGGGCGGUAAAGCGGGAAGUGAGGUUACCUGGGAGCUCCAUCACAGUUCAGAUGAUCACAAGAACUCUCAACAUCAUAGAGCCAGGUUGCACGUUUGUGCAGUCAACAGGGCAGAGGUCAUUGAGGUGCAUGUGGUGACUGACUAUAUGCUGUGCACGUACUGUAGCCCACAAACCAAACAGUUAGGCAACAACCAGACUGUAGGGUGUAAGCUGCAAAAGCAGAGCCUGCUUGCAUUCCGGUAUUGAGGAACUGAUGUACUUGAAUGUAUUCUAUGUCGUCUAUUAUGUUUAUUAAUUUAUUAUUUAUCUAAUUGAUGAGUUACUACAAUGUGUCUGAGCAAGCAAGGAAUGUAAAGAUAAGGACGGAAGAAAUAUGGAAAUGUUUACAGGCAUACCUUAAGAGGAAAAGUGGUGUGUGAGAGUAGUGGGCCUUUUACACACACGCACACACACACACACACACACACAGAGAGAUGCUCGUGAAUCAAUCUUUGAUUCAUCCAUUCAUACACAGGCCUUUCGCUUGACUGACUGAUCAUGUGAACUUUUUGAGUCCUCUGAUAAGAAACACUGCAGUUUACUGAUGCUUCUCUAACUGUAUCUUUAUAUUCUCCAGGCUGUCAGCGAGGACUUCUUUGAAUGUUACUGUUUACAAAACCAAAAAACUAGAGUGAGAAUAAAAGGAAUCAAAAUCACAUGAAUCGAUCCUGAUGUUUGCCAUUUUAUAAAUCUAGUAGCAGAAUGCUGAUGUAUGCGCAUUGUAUGACUUUAUAAAACAAUCAUUUGAAUGAGGUACAAUCCUUUUCACAUUGAAUUUGUUGUCAUUUUGCACAGACGUUUGGUACGUUUAUCUCAGUGUAAUGCAUUUCCUAGCUUUUCUCUCCUUGGUUUGUCAGCACUUGAUUUGUCCACCUCCAGGUGAAACACUGAACCCUCCAGUGCAUGGUGAUGUGGAUGUUGACCACUGCUCUUUUCCAUACAUCUAUUUAUUUUUUCUAUGUAGUACUAACAUUUGUCCAUUGAGAACAAGAAUCUCCUUUCUAAAUGAGACCUGCUGAAGAUGCUGCCCAACAGAUAUUUAUGGUAUAUAGUUAUAUAGUUUAAUGAGAAUUUAAGUUUCAAGCAUUGUACAUGCACUGGACACUUAUGUCUGAGCUUUUGGGACAGUCAGGACUUUACACUGACUUAGACCACACUGUCCCUUACACUAAGUGCAUUAUUACUACAGAUUUCCCAGUAUGGCCACAAAUAGUAGUAAACCAGUGACUGACUAUGGGCGCAGAGAGCCCGAGCAGUGCAGGUAUGCAGUACGCAACACUAUUGGCUAUCUGUACGUUCUGUCUUUCUUAGCCUUGAUUGACAUAUUGAGUGGGAGGGUGUCAGACUGAUCCAGUCAUUGGUUGACAGUCUCUCCUCAGAGAUCUUGAACUCAACUCAUUCAGAAUAAGACACGUUGAUCACAAAACCAUGUACAACACUGAUUUACCUGAAGCUGUUGUAUUAGAGCAUUUUCACUUGGAAUGUUUCUUAAAAUAAAAAAGGACUGACGCACACUGGACCUGCAUGUUCACUGGAGAAAUUAAAGUUAUCAGAAAUGAUUUCACCACUACAGUACUGGGAACACAAUAUAUUACAAACGGUGUUUCUAUUUAUAUUUAUAAUGGCGAUUGAGACACUUUUAUUUGUUGACUUGUAAUGUUUUGUUCCUUUUGGAUGUAACAGAAUCUGAUUUUUGCAGCAGAGAAAAGCUGAAUUACUUUUACCACUUUCUCCAUGUGGAAAUUGCCCCAAACAAAUAAUGGAAAAUCCUUUUCUUUUCUUUUUUUUUUUUUUUUUUUAAAAAUCAUCAUCUGUGCUCACGAAGCAUGCUGUAAUAAGCCAUAAAAUGCAUUGUUGUUUCAUCAGGGAUUUUAUCUGUGAAUGACUGAAUGAUGACAUCUGCUCUUGCUUUGUAAUGCUCAACUUUCACCAUUAAAAACAAUGUCAAGAUUUUCUCUUCAGGAUUCUUUUUUGCUCACCCACUUGUACCUUCUUUGCUCAUGCAGCC